AUGGAAUUGAAUAAUAAUUUCUUUUUAAUAAGGAUUGCUGCACCAAUGAUUGCUGCAAUGCCAACGACACCACCAACCACCGACCCAACAAUAAUUCUCCAAUUGUUUGAUUUUUCGCAGUCUUGGUUACCCUUUUCAAUGAGCAAUGGUGAGAAAUCAGGGUCAAGGAUACACGAUUGGCAUGGAGGCAAACCGACUCCAAUCAACGAGGAUAACUCUCCAUUGCCAAGAGACGUUUGA